GCUGUCGGGGCGCUGCCCGGGGUCGCCGCUGGAGCCGGUGCUCGUGUUGUGUGGUCCCGGUGGGUUUCCCCCGCCCCGACCCGGCGGCCGGAGAUGGGCGCUGAAGCGGAGGGGCCGUCGCGGGCGGAUGGUGGCGGCGCGGACAGCACGAGGUGACACCGCCUCAGGUACCGCGGCUCCUUCAGCAUCCUCGCGGGUGCGGGCGGCGCUGCGCUGUGCGACACCGCCUGACCCCCGCCCCGCCGGAGGCACCGCUCGGAGGCGGCGGGGACCGUGCGGUGUCCCUGGGACGGUAUCCAGAGGCACCAUUGCCAGCCUGGCCCGGCCGSUCCUCUCUGCAGCCGUGUUGUGGUUUUGAUCCAGGAGAGUGUGGGCUGCUGCUGGCAGCUACAGGAUGAAGUCGCCUCCCUGCUGCAUGUCUCUUUCUUCCCAAGCAUCCUUGGAGGAGCCGGGGAGUASCACUUCCCUGGGUUCUCUGGACUCCAGUGUUUUCUCCAGUGAGGAAGAGCAGGGACCCCUGCUCCAGAAGGUCAUUCCCUCCCUGGACUGCUUUACUAUCAAUGUAGGAGGCAGCCGCUUUGUGAUGUCCCAGCAAACUUUGUCUUGCUACCCCGACACCCGUCUUGGCAAACUGGCAGUAGUGGUCUCUGCUGCCCGGGAUGUGGCUUCCGGCCUCCUUGAGCUUUGUGAUGAUGCCAACCUUGUGGAGAAUGAGUAUUUCUUUGAUCGGAGCUCACAGGCAUUUCACUACAUCCUGAACUACUACCAGACAGGGAGGCUGCAUGUGAUGGAGCAGCUUUGUGCACUUUCUUUCCUGCAAGAGAUCCAGUACUGGGGUUUGGAUGAGCUCAGCAUUGAUUCCUGCUGCAGAGACCGGUACUUCAGGAGGAAGGAGCUGAGUGAAGCCUUAGACAUCAAGAAAGAUGCAGAAGAACUGGAUGCUCAAGAUGAAGAAGAGGAUUUUUCUGGUAGCCUCUGUCCCAAUGUCAGACAGAAACUUUGGGAAGUUUUGGAAAAGCCUGGCUCCUCUGCAGCGGCCAGGACUUUCGGCACUUUGUCCAUGGUUUUUGUUGUUGUGUCCAUCGCCAACAUGGCUCUGAUUUCGGUAGAGCUGAGCUGGCUGGCCCCACCCCUGCUGGAUGCCCUAGAGUACCUGUGCAUUGCGUGGUUCACAGCCGAGUUUGUUCUGAGGCUCCUGUGUGCGCGAGAUCGGUGUCGCUUCCUGAGGAGUGUGGCAAACAUCAUCGACCUCCUUGCUAUUUUGCCUUUCUACAUCACCCUGCUGGUGGAGAGCCUGUGUGAUGGUGAAAGCUCCCAGGAACUGGAGAAUGUGGGACGUAUWGUCCAGGUGCUGAGACUGCUCAGAGCCCUGCGGAUGUUGAAGCUGGGAAGACAUUCAACAGGCUUGCGUUCUCUUGGGAUGACUAUUGCUCAGUGCUAUGAGGAGGUUGGCCUUCUGCUUCUUUUCCUCUCUGUAGGGAUCUCCAUAUUUUCCACUGUGGAGUACUUUGUUGAGCAAGGUGUGCCAGGCACAACUUUCACAAGCGUACCUGGUGCUUGGUGGUGGGCAACAACUUCCAUGACAACAGUUGGUUACGGUGACAUUAGACCAGACACUACCAUCGGUAAGGUAGUAGCCUUUAUGUGCAUACUGUCAGGAAUACUGGUUUUGGCUCUGCCCAUAGCUAUAAUAAAUGACCGUUUUUCUGCCUGUUAUUUUACACUGAAGAUAAAAGAAGCCGCUCUUCGGCAGCGUGAAGCUUUAAAGAAACUCAUGAAGAACUCAUCCAGCGAUUCAAAUAUCAACGUUAAUUUGCGAGACAUAUACGCACGCAGCGUCAUGGACAUGUUGCGGUUAAAAAGCAGAGAGAGAGCAAGUACAAGGAGCAGUGGUGCAGAUGAUUUUUGGUUUUGACUUUGAAGUUAUUCAACUUCGUAUAGCACAUAGACUACUUCAGAAAUGUAAUAUCAAGCAUCUGUUUUUUUAUUAUUUGCUACACCGUAUAUUUGCUUUUCCAGGUGGAGUUUUACUUUUUUGGGUGGACUGAAAUAAUUAUUGUAUACAAAAGGCAGAACUCAUAACAGAGAAUCUGUCGAGGAGCUCUAAACCCUUCUUUCRGAACUGGAUUGUGGUGGGUGAAAUGGGAAAUAACGGAUCCAGGACAGCAAAACAAUGAUGCAAGCAUUUGUCUAAUCUAAAUUCCUACUAAUGUAUAAGAAUAAAGUCUUGGUGAAAAUUGCCACGAUGUUUUGAAUUUUAACCAUCUAGGUUUUGUAUUUGCAYUUGGAGAACAAAAGUCAAAGUCACGAGGGAAAAGUGAAAAGGUAAGUCUAAGAAAAUGAAAUAUUGAAUAAAUUUAAUAUGGCAUUGCUAUAACAAGCUUAAUCUUGAUUCUCAUUCUUAUCCCCUUCUUCUAAUACAUUUUCAU